AUGAAUGGAGGAACGUCUGCUGGGAGGGUGCACAAGGCGGAGACAGGCAGUAUUCAAAUACCCCAGAGAAAGACUGCCCCCAAAGAUGAUGAAUCCUUUACUUCCGGCUCAACUUCUUCGACUGAUAGCCAUAUGAAGAAGCGACUCAGCGUGGACAUGUCUAAAGAACAGGUUGAAGAUUUGGUGCGGAAGUUGACGAUUGAUGAGAUGAACAAGAAAUGGAUUGAUGAGAUCUUUGAGAAAGUCAAGUCUGAGCUUGUCGAAGAACAUUCACCAGCAAACAGCACACCCUCUUCCUCAGAACCUCCCAGUCCCAUGUCAAAACCUAUCAAACCCACUCCUUCUCAACAGUCGACUCCUCAAGAACCUGUUCGAGAACCUACUCGGGAGCCUACUCAGACACCUGCUCGGAUACCUGCUCGAGAGAACACAAAGAAACCUGAGCCAGAGACUUCUUCAUCCGAGUCCAGAAGCAAACCCAAUGAUCCCGUAUCAUCCAACCGCAACUCCCUCGGUAUCAAUGAUAACCCUUCAACAUCCUUUGUAUCCGACUCUCCCUCGUCCAACCACUACAACAACCAGCAGCAGCAGUAUCCAUCACGACCAAAGUCAGUUCCGCUACCACCCCAACCUGCCACCUCGAAAGCCCGACCUUCUGGUCCCGCACUAUCCGCAGUAGACCUGAAAUGGGGACGGCUAUUUGAUGUCAGAGGCGAUCCCACUCCCAGACUUGGCCAGGUUCUCCGAGGGAUUGCCAACUAUUUGAUUGUCGAAUACAGUCCUCGCAACUCACUAGUCGUCACGCCGGAAAAGCUCAAAGUAUUCUACCACGAAUACAAGCUCGACACAGAGACGUUCCCUUUCCAGCACAACCUCGAAACUCUGUAUCAACAUCUACGAUGUGAGAACCAUCUUGUUCAGAGACGGCCAGGCGGCAUGCCUCACAUCCCAUCCCUCACUCCAGCCGGUUUCGAGCGUUGGAUGACUUGUCAAAUCCAAGCGUUUCCUGAGCAGGAGGCCAGGCGAUUGAAUCUCAUCAUGGCUGAUCUUCCCAUCAUUGCCGACGGUUCUUUCGAAGACGGCAAGCCUGAACGACUACCGAAGCAGCUUUCUCGACAUCUUCUUCCGGCGGCUCGUAAUCGCGAGAUAAACGAUGUCGUGGUCGAUGCCAUCACUGGGUGGAUCAAGCGUACCGAGGAGAAUGAGUCUGAUCUCAGACGGACUUCGUCCGAAGAUGUUUAUAAGUCUGCGCCAAAGGACGACAAGGGAGGACGGUACAGGUCUGACGACUACCGGGAUCGGGAUCGGGAUACCAAAUAUCGACGAGGUUCCAAGGACAACCACAAGCCACCGUUAUCUCGAUCCGCCUUCGUUCCCCGCGUCAACUCAGACAGCAUCGUCCGUCCUAAAGACUCCUCUCCCAUACCCUCCGCCAUCGGAACGGCGGCAGUCGACGCAACCGGGAUAAAGAGUAUCGAUACUCCUCCUCAGGUCGCGAUUCAAAGCCGCCCCUGGAAUCAAUCCCUCGGACGUUACCUCGUAGAGAUGGUGACCGUGACCGACGCUCAAGCUUGA